AUGGAGCCUCACAAUAUACCUGCGGAUACGUCACCACCAUCAACAAUCCCCUUUAGAGAAAGCGAUUCAGUGCAUCAUGAGGCGGGAACACCACGAACUUCCCAAUCCGUGUGGUCUCAGGGUAAUGAUGCGUCUGCUCAUUUGAAAACGCAAAAUGAGUACCGCAUCAAGGUCAAACAGCGUCAACAAAUUCUGGAUAGAAUCAACAUCGAACGCAUACUUCCGCAUCUUAGCAGUAUUUCCGUGCACGAGCUCGAGGCAAAAUUGUCGGUACUGGAACGUCAGUACGAAUCAUUUCACCAUCUACAAUCAGAAUUGGAGCUAAUGAACGAUGAAGAACUCAAUCAACCACAUCGGGAUACAUUCGAUGAAUCCUUUUGUGCAGCGAAGGCAAUCAUAGUGCAGCGCAUAAAUGUGCUUAACCCCGCACGCCGAGAAACUAUAUUCAACAGCACAGCGAUUGCAUCUCCGUCACAUCGAGUCAACCUUCCGAAACUUCAACUCACGAAAUUCAAAGGUCAUCAUCGAAAUUGGAUGGAUUUUUACAACAUGUUUUUAGCGCUCGUUCACAACAACAGCCAAUUAGCAAACAUCGAGAAGUUUCAGUACCUCCGAUCAUGUCUCGUCGACUCAGCAGCUAGCCUCAUACAAUCGUUUGAGGUGACCGAUGAAAAUUAUAUCAAGGCGUUGGAUCUGUUACGGUCUAGAUAUGGAAACAAGCGGCUAAUUUUCCAAGCUCAUAUCCAACAUAUUUUCGAAGCACAGGGAGAAACAAGGCUGAAUGCAUCAUCGAUGAGGGCGUUCAUAGACGUCGUCAAUACCAACUUACGAGCGGUGCAAUCACUAGCUUCAAAUCAGCAAGUAUCAGAUGGCAUACUCUUGCAUCUGGUAUCCUCAAAGCUCAAUACAGACACGAAGGCCAAGUGGGAGAAAGAGGUUACCCACUUGUUUGAUCAGCGAUCAACUGCCAUGAGUUUUCAACUGCCCACUCGGGAGGACUUAGCAAAAUUCUUAGAACGUCGUUGUCAAAUUGCAGAUAUUUUGGAAGCCGGGUAG